AUGAGAAAUAAUGAUAAACUAAAAAAGAAAUCAACGACAACAUCAACAUCAACGAAAACAAAGAAACAACAAAAUGAUAUUGAAAAUAGUAUUAAUAAUAGUAAUAAAAAAUUGAGUACAUGUCCAAAUUGUUAUAGUAUACAAGUAGCGCUAAAGAAUAGACAUACAGAGUGUUUCAAAUCUUUGGUUGCAACCGACAAGGAACACAAGUCAAGAGGCGACUCUCCACUGCAAGUCGCUGUGGUAAUGCAAGAUUCCGACAUGGUAUCGCAACUGCUGAACGAUAGCACGAUCGAUGCGCAACGUCGUCAAUCAAUGGUGAACUUUGUCAAUCGAGUCGGUUUCACUGCGCUUCACUACUGUUCAAUGACAAUGAUGAUGGAGCGUGACAAACGUCUAACGGAGAACCACAGCUACCUCACAAAGAAAAUACACUUUCCUGGACGUGUCAAGAAACUUGAUGAUCCAUCGCUGGUUCGUGCUGAUGCCGGUCUGAAAACUCUGGAGAUUGUAGAGCUACUGCUGAAUGCCGGCGCCGAUGUGAAUAUCCUCACUCCGACCAAUGUCGAUGCGUUCGGUAUCGCCGCAGAGACAGGACUGCUGCCGCUGUGCAAGCGACUGGCGGCUGCCGGCGCCGACUUGGAGCGGCCAAACGUCGAAGGUGACACUCCUCUGAUGACGGCGAUUGCCAACCAGAAUACAGAGGUUGUAGAAUUUCUAAUUGGCAGUGGUGUCAAUAUUGAGUAUGUCAAUGAGAGGAACGACGAGACUGCAUAUCAACGCGCCGGAUUCUACACUUUUCUGCCAGUGUUGAAACUGCUGAUUGCAGCGGGUGCAAAGGAUCGCGACGUUUCCAACACUGCACUUCACUCGACGGUCGCAUCCAACAAGCUGGCUGCAACCAAACUGAUCCUGCAACACCAACCGGAAGCUAUCAACUUCCGUGAUGUUGGUGGCGCUUCUCCUAUUUUCUUGGCGGCGCAAUCGUCGUUUAGCGAAGUGUUGGCGUAUUUGUUGGAACAAGGCGCGAGAAUCGACUAUACAGUUCCGGGAACCGGUGAUAAUUUAGGUCAUGUUUUGGCAUUCUCUGGAAAAGUAGGUGAUAUGAAAGUAUUGCAAUCCGCCGGAAUCAAUGUGAAGACGACCAAUCUCUCGGGUGAGACGCCACUUCAUGAAGCGGCAAGAGGUGGCAAUUCAGAGAUGAUUCGAUACUUGGUGAAGGAAUGUGGAUUGGAUGUAAAUAUGCAGAACAAUAGCGGAGAGACACCACUAACGCUAUCGGUACGUCAAAGAAAACUUGGUGGCACACGUGAGCUCCUGGAGCUUGGCGCCAACGCAAAUCACCCGACACCAGAUCAACGAUACCCAAUACACAACGCAGCUGAAAUUGGACUUCCAAAAAUGAUUUCACUACUCAUCGAGCAUGGUGCAGAUAUCAAUGUUCAAAAUUCAUUCGGUCAAACUCCACUUGUUCUUGCCAUCGAAAGAAAGAACAAAACCUGUCAAGAUAUUUUACUUUCCAUCACCAGACAAUCAAUUGGAUCAUGA